UUUGCAGGCCCUGCUGUUCCUGUGGGAGUGGAUGUUCAGGUGGAGAGUUUGGACAGUAUAUCAGAAGUAGACAUGGUAAGUGAAUAGAUAAUCAAACAAUGAACAUUUUAACAUUUCAAUGAAGUCAAUGUUAACAGUUAUCACAGGUCAGUGGAACAUUUGAAGUGGUCAUUGUGAUAAUGUUUCAAUUCAACAACUAUUGGAUGCAAUGGGUAGGGAAGCUAGCCACUCCUAAAACAAACCCCUGAAAAUGAAUGUGUCAUUCACAAUCUGCCAACAGGUGUUUUGCAGCUGAUAUGCUAAAAUCCACUAUAUUUGUCAUGCUCAUUAAUCUCUUCUUCACAGACGGAUAAUGAAAAUGGAUAAUAGAAGCACAGUGCUAGAAAUGAUGUUUUGUGUUCAGACGAAAGACCAUGCGCUUGCUCCACCACAGUAAUAUAAUUAAAUGGAACUUAUUUUCUAAGCUGCAAAUUGGAGUCCAAACAGCAGUCCUGAUGUUCUGUAAACCCCUGUGUGGGAGGACAACCAAGGAUUACAUUUCAUUCAGAUCUCAGUAUUUGUAUAUAAUUGUAUGAAAAUAGACAGGGCAAAUUAUUGCUUUCAAACGAUGACUGCCCUUAAUGAUAUAAUGUAAGAAUGAUGGAGGACAAGUGUGUUCAGUCAGACUUAUCAGCCAUGCCAUUAUCAUUAUGCAAUGUUACAGUGGUCUAUAUCUGUUAAAUGUGCCUACAUUUGCUGUUAUACACAUGCAUUCUAUGUAAUGAUAAAAGUACUGAAGUAGGCGCUGAUUAUUUUGCUGUUGUCAUUAUUAUUUCAAUUCAUAUUAUUACAGAUCUAAGAUUAUGUAAUGCUGCGAGGUGAAUGGAAAACAGGAUGAGCUGCUGUGGUAGAUAAAGUGGCGUAGUCUGGCAUAAAAUAGAUCCAUAUUUUUUUUAACAGAUGCAGAUAGGGAGGAAAGGGAUAUGUGUGACCAAUGCAACCUCUAACCCAAAGCUGUCAUUACUGUAUGUGUCUCAUCAUCACUAAUGUCAACUCUGACGACCCUCUCUGGACAUAAUACAUCAUAUGUUCCAUGCUCAUACUGAGGACAUACAGUACCAGUCAAAAGUUUGGACGCACCUACUCAUUCCAGGGUUUUUCUUUAUUUACAUUGUAGAAUAAUAGUGAAGGCAUCAAAAUGAUGAAAUAACACAUAUGGAAUCAUGUAGUAACCCAAAAAGUGUUAAACAAAUCAAAAUAUAUUUUAUAUUUGAGAUUCUUCAAAUAGCCACCCUUUGCCUUGAUGACAGCUUUGCACACUCUUGGCAUUCUCUCAACCAGCUUCACCUGGAAUGCUUUUCCAACAGUUUUGAAGGAGUUCCCACAUAUUGUGAGCACUUGUUGGCUGCUUUUCCUUCACUCUGCGGUCCGACUCAUCCCAAACCAUCUAAAUUGUGUUGAGGUCGGGGGAUUGUGGAGACCAGGUCAUCUGAUGCAGCACUCCAUCACUCUCCUUCUUGGUAAAAUAGCCCUUACAUAGCCUGGAGGUGUGUUGGGUCAUUGUCCUGUUGAAAAACAAAUGAUAGUCCCACUAAGCCCAAACCAGAUGGGAUGGCGUAUCGUGCAGAAUGCCGUGGUAGCCAUGCUGGUUAAGUGUGCCUUGAAUUCUAAAUAAAUCAUAGACAGUGUCACCAGCAAAGCACCCCCACACCAUAGCACCUCCUCCUCCAUGCUUUACGGUGGGAAAUACACAUGCGGAGAUCAUCCGUUCACCCACACCACAUCUCACAAAUGUCCACCUGUCUAAUGUCCAUUGCUCGUGUUUCUUGGCCCAAGCAAGUCUCUUCUUCUUAUUGGUGUCCAUUAGUUAUGGUUUCUUUGCAGCAAUUCGACCAUGAAGACCUGAUUCACACAGUCUCCUCUGAACAAUUCAUGUUGAGAUGUGUCUGUUACUUGACAUCUGUGAAGCAUUUAUUUCUGAGGCUGGUAACUCUAAUGAACUUAUCCUCUGCAGCAGAGGUAACUCUGGGUCUUCCAUUCCUGUGACGGUCCUCAUGAGAGCCAGUUUCAUCAUAGCGCUUGAUGGUUUUUGCGACUGCACUUGAAGAAACGUUCAAAGUUCUUGAAAUGUUCCGUAUUGAUUUACCUUUAUGUCUUAAAGUAAUGAUGGACUGUCGUUUCUCUUUGCUUAUUUGAGCUGUUCUUGCCAUAAUAUGGACUUGGUCUUUUACCAAAUAGGGCUAUCUUCUGUAUACCCCCCCCUACCUUGUCACAACACAACUGAUUGGCUCAAACGCAUUAAUAAAUAAAUAAAUUCCACAAAUUAACUUUUAAGAAGGCACACCUGUUAAUUGAAAUGCAUUUCAGGUGACUACCUCAUGAAGCUGGUUGAGAGAAUGCCAAGAGUGUGCAAAGCUGUCAUCAAGGCAAAGGGUGGCUAUUUUAAAAAUGGUUUUUAUUUGUUUUACACUUUUUUGGUUACUACUAUGUGCUAUUCCAUGGUUUUGAUGUCUUCACUAUUAUUCUACAAUAUAAAAAAUAGUACAAAUAAAGAAAAACCCUUGAAUGAGUAGGUGUUUCCAAACUUUUGACUGGUACUGUAUGUCUGAUCAUAAACCUAUGCUGUAAUCUAGGGUGAGACCCUGGUAAUCCCAAUAUACAUAGCCGCGGGAAGAUGUUUGGGGGUGGGGGGUGCUGCUAUUUUUUUCUUGACGGCUACAGACGUCUAUAUCAGUCUGCUAAUACAGGACUAGUAAAGGCCCAGUGCACUACUUUUGAAAAAAAAAUAGCAAUUAAAAAAAAUAUUUUAUUAGUAAUAUAUUUUUUUUCUUCUGAUUUUUCAUGGGAUGCUGCAGCACCCUCAGCACCACUACUUUCCGCAGCUAUGCCAAUAUAUACAAUCAAUGGUUCAAUCUAGAACUCUCAGUCCAGGAAAGGGUUCAGAGGAUUUAUACAAGGCUGCAACCAACCAACAAGUUAAUCCAAAAGUAAUCUUGGUUUGUUUUGGUGACCUGCAGGACUUCACUAUGACCCUAUAUCUGAGGCACUACUGGAAAGACGAGAGGCUGUCCUUUCCCAGCACAACCAAUAAGAGCAUGACGUUCGACGGGCGCCUGGUCAAGAAGAUCUGGGUGCCUGAUGUGUUCUUCGUCCACUCCAAGAGGUCGUUCAUCCACGACACCACCACAGAGAACAUCAUGCUCAGGGUGUUCCCAGAUGGACACGUGCUCUACAGCCUUAGGUGAGCUGCUGCUGCUCCCAAACUCCUUUUGUGUCAAUCUCCACAUUCUUCAGAAAUGCAAUGGUGACAUUUCUAUGAUGGCAGCGCAGAACUCGGUUGAUCCAAAGUUUCCCAGCAGACAUUUACCCAAUCACAAUGUGUUAUGUUUGCGUCAUCGUGGGUAUGUUGUGUUGAUGUGUUUUAAAUCCCCAGGGUGACGGUUACUGCUGCCUGUAACAUGGACUUCAGUCGUUUCCCUCUGGAUUCACAGACCUGCACGUUAGAGCUAGAGAGCUGUAAGUAGCGAGACUCUUACUGCCUCACACUGUGUUAUAAAGGUAUUUGGUGUGGUGGUACAGAAAAUCAGGCAGAUUUUAAUUUAAAUCCAUGUCUGUUGUCUCCAGAUGCUUACACGGAUGAGGACCUCAUGCUGUACUGGAAGAGUGGGGAUGAGUCCCUGAGCACGGACGACAGGAUCUCUCUGUCUCAGUUCCUCAUCCAGAAGUUUCACACUACCUCUAGACUGGCUUUUUACAGCAGCACAGGUAGAUCCAGAGCCUGAUGAUAACAUGUAUUGUUUACAAAUCACACAUAAUGUACAAAAAUUAUGACUCCAUGUUACAGGAUAUUAAUAGUCAACAUUUGAAGAUAUUGUAGAACAGUUUGUAUGGAUUUUUGGAUGUGACAAUUUCACUGCAUCCCUAUACAGUACAUUGUUUGUACAAAUACAUCUGCUCUUACCUUCUUCAGAGAAACAUAACCCAUUUUCUAAUUUAGGGUGAUUCCUCACCUGUCUUUGUCCUUUUCUCUCAAGGCUGGUACAACCGCCUGUACAUCAACUUCACCCUGCGACGCCACAUCUUCUUCUUCCUGCUCCAGACCUACUUCCCUGCCACUCUGAUGGUCAUGUUGUCCUGGGUGUCCUUCUGGAUCGACCGCCGGGCCGUACCGGCCAGGGUCUCACUAGGUAAGAUACACUCUUAGAAAAAAACAUUCUACUUAGAACGUAAAAGGGUUCUUCAGCUGUCCCUCUGGGAGAACCAUUUGAAGAGUGUAGACAGAUUGGUUGGUUCAUAUCUAUAUGCAGUGGUGUAAAGUACUUAAGUAAAAAUACUUUAAAGUACUACUUAAGUAGUUUUUUUAGGUAUCUGUACUUUACUCAACUAAUAAUAUUUUGUACUACUUUUACUUUCACUUCUCUACAUUCCUAAAGAAAAUAAUGUACUUUUUACUCCAUACAUUUCCCCUAACAACCAAAAGUACUUGUUACAUUUUCAAUGCAUAGCAUUUGACAUUUACAUUUUAGUCAUUUAGCAGACGCUCUUAUCCAGAGCGACUUACAGUUAGUGAGUGCAUACAUUUAAAAAAUACUCAAAUAGCAGGACAGGAAAGUGGUCCAAUUCACUCACUUAUCAAGAGAACAUCCCUGGUCAUCACUACUGCCUCUGAUCUUGUCACGCCCUGGCUCUGGGGACUCUUAAAUGUUGAGCCAGGGUGUGUAUAUUUCGUGUUGUGUUUAUUUCUAUGUUUAGUUUCUAGAUCGUUUAGAUCUAUGUUGGCCAGGGUGGUUCCCAAUCAGAGGCAGCUGUAGCUCGUUGUCUCUGAUUGGGGACCAUACUUAGGCAGCCUUUUGGCACCAGUCAGUUGUGGUAUCUUGUUCCGUGUGAGGUAUGUUAUUUUGUCUACCUUGGACUUCGUGUUUCGUUUGUUGUUUUGUCGUGUGUUCAGUACGUAAAUAAAUAUGAAUACAUAUCACGCUGCGCCUUGGUCCUUCUCGUUAAUGAACGAUCGUGACAGAAGAUCCCACCAAUCCUGGAUCAAGCAGCGUGAUGAGGAGAGAGGAUGGACUUGGGAGGAGAUGAGCGAGAGUCUGGCAAGAGGGAUGGAGGCCAUGAUCACGGGGGAGAGACAAGCCCAAAAAAUGUUUAGGGGGGGCUCACGCCGUGGACGACGAGGCAGCAGGAGGCCGCGAUAGAGCGGUUCAGCCGUUUAGCAGAGGAGGCCGCCAGAUUAAGGGGGUCAUUGGUGCAGAGGGAGCAGAAGGAAAGUGUAGAGGCACGGCGAGAGGAGCUGGUUAGGCAGCAGAAGGAGCGGGGGGUAAUGAAGGAACCCAGUCCCGCUCCUCGCACCAAUUGAGUGGUGCGUGUCGCCAGUCCGGUCCGGCCCGUUCCUGAUUCCCGCACUAAGCCAGUGGUGGGUGUUCCCAGUAUGGUUCGGCCCGUUCCUGCUCCUCACAUCAAGCCAGUGGUGCGCAUCGCCAGCCCGGUCCGGCCUGUUCCUGUCCCUCGCACCCAGCCAGUGGUGCGCGUCGCCAGCCCGGCCCGGCCUGUUCCUGCUCCCUGCACCAGGCCAGUGGUGCGCGUCGCCAGUCCGGUACGGCCCGUUCCUGCUCCCCGCACCAAGCCAGUGGUGCGCGUCGUCAGCCCAGUCCGGCCCGUUCCUGCUCCCCGCACCAAGCCAGGGGUGCGCGUCAUCAGCCCAGUCCGUUCCUGCUCCCCGCACCAAGCCAGUGGUGCGUGUGUCCAGUCCGGCACGGCCCGUGCCUGUUCCACCGGUGCCUGGUCCGGCACCGGUCAGCUGCUCCACUCCGGAGCCAGAGCAAUCCGCUCCACCGGGGUCUAGUCCUGCUCCGGUCAGCGGCUCCACUCCGGAGCCAGAGCAGUCCGCUCCACCGGUGCCUGAUCCAGUUCCGGUCAGCGGCUCCUCCGGAGCCAGAGCAGUUCGAUCCACCAUCGUCGGGUCCAGCUCCAGUCAGCGGUUCCAGUCCAGACCCAGACGUCAGCCCCUCUCCAGGUUCGGGAUCUCCCACACCAGGGUCCAGACAGGGCGUGGUACUUCUUGGGAGGAAGGAGAGAGGAAGCAGCGCGCCAAGGUCCAGACCAGACCAGGGGCGCAACGGGGAGGUGGAGAGUAAGUGGUGGUUACACCCGGAGCCGGAUCUGCCUCCGAGGCGGAAUGCCCACCCGGCCCCUACCCUGUUAGGUUUAUGUGGCGCGGUCGGAGUCCGCACCUUUGGGGGGGGGGGGGUACUGUCACGCCCUGGCUCUGGGGACUCUUAAAUGUUGAGCCAGGGUGUGUAUAUUUCGUGUUGUGUUUAUUUCUAUGUUUAGUUUCUAGAUCGUUUAGAUCUAUGUUGGCCAGGGUGGUUCCCAAUCAGAGGCAGCUGUAGCUCGUUGUCUCUGAUUGGGGACCAUACUUAGGCAGCCUUUUGGCACCAGUAAGUUGUGGGAUCUUGUUCCGUGUGAGGUAUGUUAUUUUGUCUACCUUGGACUUCGCGUUUCGUUUGUUGUUUUGUCGUGUGUUCAGUACGUAAAUAAAUAUGAAUACAUAUCACGCUGCGCCUUGGUCCUUCUCGUUAAUGAACGAUCGUGACAGAUCUGGAGGACACACUAAACACAAAUGCUUCGUUUGUAAAUGAUAAAAAUUUAAAAAACAAGAAAAUUGUGCCGUCUGAUCUUCUUAUUAUAAGCAAUUUGAAAUUAUUUAUACUUUUACUUUUGAUACUUAAGUAUAUUUUUGCAAUUACAUUUACUUUUGAUACUUAAGUAUAUUUAAAACCAAAUACUUUUAGACUUUUACUCAAGUAGUAUUUUCUGUGUGACUUUCACUUUUACUUGAGAGUCAUUUUCUAUGAAGGUAUCUUUACUUUUAUUCAAGUAUGACAAUUGGGUACCUUUUCCACCACUGUCGAUAUGAGGAUACUUCCUUCAGUCUUGUGCUCACACAGAUGUUGUGUGUUGUACUGUGCUCCAGGUAUCACCACGGUGCUCACCAUGUCCACCAUCAUCACUGGAGUCAACGCCUCCAUGCCCAGGGUUUCCUACAUCAAAGCUGUGGACAUUUACCUCUGGGUCAGUUUUGUGUUUGUGUUCCUAUCGGUGUUGGAAUAUGCCGCCGUCAACUACCUGACGACGGUGAGAGACGGGAAAGAUCGGAAGCUCAGGGAAAAGGCCAGAGAGCAGGUAAGACCCCAAUCAUACCACACUGUACUGCUCUUCUUUAUGUCCUUUCAGCAUUUUUCCUACUCUGAUCUCUCUCUCUUUCUCUCUUUCUCUAAUAAAUAAAUAUGCCAUUUAGCAGAUGCUUAUACCCAAAGCGACUUACAGUCAUGUGUGCAUACAUUUGUUUAAAUGUAAUCUCACUUUCUCUUUCUUUCUUUCUCUAUCUCUCUCUCACUUACUCUCUCUCUCUCUUUCCUCUGCCCUACAGUCCCUGGGCCUGGCGAGAGAGCAGGUAAGGGUCCUCAUCAUAUCACACUGAACUUCAAGUCCUUUCAGCAUUUUUCCUACUAUGAUCUCUCUCUCUAUUUCAAUUCAAUUUCAAUUUAAGGGCUCUCUCUCUAUUUCUCUUGAUCUAUCUCUCUCUCCCUCUCUAUCUCAACCCCCACCUCUCUCUAUCUCUCUCUGCCCUACAGUCGCUCCCUUGCACCUGUGGCAUGUCCCACACCGGGACCGUGAUGGUGGAUGGCGAUGGGACCUACAGCGAGGCCGACACCAACAGUCUGGCCGGAUACACCAGGGCUGACGCUCCCGAGGACCCCCCGGAGAAGCAAGAGCACAUGGUGGUGCACCUAUCCCUGGACAAUGAGUCCACAGGAACCAAGAAGAAAGCACGCUUCCGCAGCUUCAGCAUCAUGCAGAACACCCACGCCAUAGACACCUACUCCCGCAUGAUCUUUCCUGGAUCCUACAUUAUCUUUAACCUCAUAUACUGGUCUGCGUACUGCUGA